UGCUUAUGGAGUAAUCUGCACUGGAACAUCCUCUGUAAUCCCAUUGUGUACUUCUCUUUCUCUCUCUCUCUCUCUCUCUCUCUCUCAUAAAAGAAGCGAAUCUGCAAAUCCUCUGUUUUCAUGAAAAUCCGAGAUUGACGACGAUCAUAACACUUUACAAUUUCGCGGCUUAUUUCUCCAUCCUAUGUCUUCCCACAAGGAUAAAGUUUUGAUCUUUUCGAUUCCCGACGAGAUAUAGAGAUCUCACCACUUGUCAGCAACUUAGACCAUUACCACAACUCGUAAGCAGCCAUGGCGGCUGCUCUGUUUUCAACCGCUAUUCUAAUUUGUUUACUACCGGUUUCGGUUUCGUCUUCCGGUUUCCCGGCGGCCCUGAAACUGGAAAGAGCCAUUCCGGCGAAUCACGAGAUGGAAAUGAAUGAACUCAAGGCGCGUGACAGAACCAGGCACGGCAGAUUGUUGCAGUCUCUCGGCGGAGUAGUUGAUUUCCCCGUCGACGGAACUUUUGAUCCUUUCGUCGUUGGAUUAUACUACACGAAACUGCGACUGGGAUCACCUCCGAGAGACUUUUAUGUACAGAUUGACACAGGAAGCGAUGUGUUGUGGGUUAGUUGUGCUUCUUGCAAUGGCUGUCCUCAAACCAGUGGACUCCAAAUUCAAUUGAAUUACUUUGAUCCAGGGAGCUCGGCAACAGCGACGCCAAUCUCAUGUUCUGACCAAAGAUGCAACUGGGGCGUUCAGUCCUCUGACUCAGGCUGUUCUGUUCAGAACAACCUCUGCGCUUACACGUUUCAGUAUGGUGACGGAAGUGGCACCUCGGGGUACUACGUCUCCGAUCUCUUGCAGUUUGACAUGAUUGUAGGAAGCUCUCUUGUCCCAAACUCAACCGCUCAGGUUGUGUUCGGAUGCAGCACCUCGCAGACGGGGGAUCUAGUGAAGUCGGAUCGAGCUGUUGAUGGGAUCUUCGGGUUCGGGCAACAAGGAAUGUCUGUGAUCUCUCAGCUCGCUUCGCAGGGAGUAUCUCCUAGAGUGUUCUCACACUGCUUGAAAGGAGAGAACGGGGGCGGAGGGAUAUUGGUUCUUGGAGAGAUUGUGGAGCCAAACAUGGUCUUUACUCCACUCGUUCCCUCACAGCCUCAUUACAAUGUGAAUCUGCUGAGCAUCUCAGUGAAUGGCCAAGCUUUACCUAUCAAUCCAUCUGUCUUCUCCACAUCGAACGGUCAGGGAACAAUCAUCGAUACUGGUACAACGUUGGCUUACCUUUCUGAAGCAGCCUAUGUUCCUUUCGUUGAAGCUAUCACGAAUGCUGUUUCGCAGUCUGUGAGAGCCGUUGUUUCCAAAGGGAAUCAGUGUUACGUAUUAACCACUAGUGUGGCAGACGUGUUUCCUCCGGUCAGCUUGAACUUUGCUGGUGGAGCAUCCAUGUCCUUGAAUCCUCAGGAUUACCUCAUACAGCAAAACAACGUGGGAGGUACUGCAGUGUGGUGCAUCGGUUUUCAGAGGAUACAGAAUCAAGGGAUAACGAUCCUUGGAGGUAAGCCUUUAUUACUUGAAAUCUACAUUUCUGUGGCACAAAAACAUAUGUUUGCAUCUUUUGCUAUUGCAGAUUUAGUUCUUAAAGACAAAAUCUUUGUCUAUGAUCUGGUCGGUCAGAGAAUCGGAUGGGCGAACUACGACUGUUCAAUGUCUGUAAAUGUAUCUGCGACUAGCAGCAGCGGAAGGAGCGAAUACGUGAACGCAGGACAGUUUAGUGACAAUGCAGCUCCACAGAAGCUGUCUUUAGACAUUAUCGGAAACAUUAUUAUGUUAUUACUAUUGGUAAUCAACAUGUUUUUGUAGCAGACAACUUUUACAGAUUUGCAUUUAUCUAGUUUAUUGUGUGUUGUUUGUGGUUGCUGGAGAGUAAUUAUCUCCCGACCGGCGGAGCCAAGCAGAAGAGAAGUUAACUUCUUUGUUUGUUACAUUCUAUUGUUAUAGUUACGGAUGUAAAUAAUUCGUUUCUUAGUGGUGUUUGUGUUUCUC